AUGACUGAUAAUAACAAUGGUGAAAUCGUUGAAGACAAAGAUAAUGAAAAAUUAAAAGGAGAAGAUAAUAUAAAUAACCAUAUUUCAAACCACAAUAAUACAGAAGAAACUUCAUUUGAAGAUCCUGAACUAGAGGAAAUGAAGAAAAGAUUUAGAGAGAUGGAAGAAGAAGCAAAGAAAUUAACAGAAUUACAAAAUAAUUUGGAAUCAAAUAUAACAGGUAAUAAUGGUGUUGGUAUUGGUGGUAAUAUUGGUGGAGGUGGUGGUUUAAUGAAUACAGAUCAAGAAGAGAUUGACUCAAGAUCGGUUUAUGUAGGUAAUGUGGAUUACAAAUCAACUCAUGAUCAAAUUUUAGCAUAUUUUCAAUCCUGUGGAACAGUCAAUCGUAUCACCAUCUUGAGUGAUAAAACAACUGGUCAUCCAAAAGGAUGUUGUUAUGUCGAAUUUGUAAACAAAGAAUCAAUUAUCAACGCAAUGGCAUUAAACGAUUCAUUCUUUAAUGAACGUCAACUUAAAAUAACUCCAAAAAGAACAAAUUUACCAUACUAUAUGAGACAAGGUGUUUUACCACCUGGUAGAGGUGGUUUUAGAGGUGGAAGAGGUAGAGGUGGUAUUAGGGGUGGUAUUAGAGGUGGUCGUGGUAGAGGUAACUUUUAUCAACCAUAUUAA